CCAAGUUAAGCUGGCGUACCGGUACCCGUGGAAAGAAAAACAUACUGAUGAGCUUCAUCGAGAUGUUGACUGUCGCGAGCCCCCGUUCUUCUUCCAUUUCGCAGUCCCAGACGUCGUCACAAUGGAUGGCGCCGCCUGCCGCCUCCUGGACGUGUGAAGAGAUCAGCAUGAUCCAGGAGAUGUUCCUCACGGACGAGAAGGCCAUCCAGAUCCGAGAUAUCUCCAUUAGUGGGGGAAGAUUGCCCAUCACUGAGGACCCACUCGCUGUCUCCGUGGAGCAGGGUGCUGACGCCACCAGUAUGCUGCUGUCACCCAUUGGCGCCGAUGACGCUUUCCUGCAACAAUUCAUGGUCGACGAGAAGGAUGCCAUGGCCGCGUUCUUCCUCGAGGCCAUUGACCCGUUCAAAAACGUCCCUGUUGGUUCGGAUAGCACCAUACAGCAACACGUUGUUGUUGCGCCGUCGGCUGUCUCCGGUCCUAUCGGUGGACGACCUAUUGAGCACGUGCUGGCCAAGCUGCGCGCCAAAGUGGAGGGCUUGAACCGCUUAUACUACUCACGCUGUAUGAAUGUAUCCGAUGCUACAGAAUCUAGCAUCAACAAGGUCAAACUCGUACUCGCGAUCGAGAGGCUGCAGCGUGUUAUCCAGGGCCUCUCCAAGGAGAACGCCCAGCUCAAAGUAGACAUGACCAGCUGUGCACAACGGAGCGAGAUGCUUCUGCAAAAUAGCAACACUCAAGUCAAUCUGGAGCAGUUGAGCCAAUGUAUUGAUGAGUCGACAUGCGCGACGGCUGAAGGGGAAGGUGUGAACGUAGCGCUCAACUACUCCGUGGACGGAGAGGUACUGAAGGAACACCAGGAUGAACCCGGCUGGGGCUACAAGAGCGUGAUGACCCAGAACGGCGUGUUCUCGUACAGGCUUAAGAAGGAGUAUCCGAAGGAGGUGAAUAUGGAUGAGGUGAUGCAGAAGACGUCGUUUCAUGUGAGUACCUCGGAGAACAUAUCGCGCAUCUAUUACGGCUCCAUCAAGGCGCAACUAGUGAAGAAGGUGGGCAAAAAGGCUGUUAUUAUGUAUGAUAUUACCAAACCACGACGCGACGCGUGUGGCCCGCCGUCGUUGCUGUGCUCUUUCCGAGUGGAGAUGCCGAACGGAUUUUUACUGGGCGCGCGCUCGAUUAAUCUAUACGAGCGUAAAGAGGACGGCGGGUUCUCAGUCACUUCGUGCGGCCUGUUAUCAUACCCUUCGCGCGCGGAUAUAGAUUUUAUGGCGGUGGAGAUUUUGUGUCUCCACUGUCGAUGGGAGAACCGGGUCGUUGGCACUCACUUGACAGUGUGA